UCACCGCGAACCGAGCCUUCCAUCUUCAUGGAAACCUCUUUUCGGGUAAUGUCGCCUGAAAACGAAGUCGCGGCCGCCUCCUUGCGAACCCUUCAGGGCAUUCGGGUCCCGAACGAAGUGUUGCCGAGUCAAAACUCGGAGUCCUGUAGCUCGUGUUACUCCCAGUCGAAGAUGAACUACAAUAAUAACAAUGUUUGUAAUGUACAUGUGGUUUCGGAUAAAGUUUCGCCGUCACAUUUGACAAGUGGUGCUCCUCAACAUGAGAGAAGCUUCAAACCGGUCGAAUUAAUCGUCAGUGGACGAUCUGCCCUCUCCCCCAACGCAUUCUCAGCCCACAGUCGCAUGGGGGGAGUGGGACCUCCGCACCAACACCACAUCGAACAACCUCAACCUGUGUCGCAUAGAGUGUUCACUACUCACCACGGAGAUAGUUUUGGCCCGGGUGGGGGAAUUGGAACGGGUGGGGGUGGUGAGUCACGAGAUUCGCGUGGGAAUGGGAGGAAUCAUCAUCAUUAUAGAGGAUUCGAGCAGGACUUGACGCCUCCCUUUCCGCAUACAACCCAAUUUACAGGAGGCGGAGUUCGCAGUGUUAGUCCAUGCUCCCCUCCUGAACAGAUGAGUAAUCACAGAAGUGGGGGUGGAGGUGAGGGUGGGGGUGGGUUCACUUCUGAAAAGAAACACCACAUGUUGUCUCACUCUUCGAUAUCCUUACCUGCCCUCAAGCCCAUUCAAGACUCAAUCAACCCCCACGGAGGAAACGAUCAUCAGCAUCUUGCCCCACCCGAUUCAAUCAGCCUCGCCAGUCACAGACGCAGUCGUGCCGAGACAGAUCAAAGUGCCGACAUGCCACUCGGAGGCGCCGACAACAACUACAUGAACAACCCUAUCAUGGCCUACCCAAUGGACAGUACCCAGAACCCACACCAGAACAGACUCUCGAUUAGUCAUGAGAACAAUGAAGGGGGCUCUGUUGGGAAGUUGAAACCGGGGGAGAGUUUCACUGAACCCCAGCCAAUCUACACUUGGGGCUUCCAGUUGUGGGAGUGUUUCAGUGACACCAAGUGGUGUUUGAUCACGGGCUUCUUCCCAUGUGUGACUGAGUUCCUUCUUAGCCAGACGUUUGGCCUACAGCGUCUGGGAGUCUCCUUUGUCGUCUCCUCCCUCUCCAUCCUCUCCCUCCUCCUUCUCCAAUUCACCCUCCUCACUCCCAACACAGACACACUGCACAUCGGAGUAAACGACGCCUUCAUAUGCAACCUCCUCCUCUACUUCCUACUCAUGUUCCGAGUGUUUCUCGCCUUCAAACUGAGGAACAGAAUCCGAAAUGAGUACCGGAUAUCAGGUAGCCGAUUGGGCGACUGUUGUGUUAUCUGCGUAUGUCCCUACUGCGCAUUAUGCCAAAUGAAACAGCACCACGACUACUACGACGCAUCCGACUCCGAAGACAAUGACGAUGACGACGACCAGAACUCCUCGACUGCCGGGGCACCCAAUGUUACCCUGUCUCCUCUAAACGUCGCCUCAAACCACCCCAAAUUACACCAUAACCACAACUCACGACCCAGUUUGCACGGCAUUGCAGUGCACAAUCAUCAGUGCUCGCACGGUGCUAGCGUGAACAGUGCGAAUCAUAACUCAAGCUUGCACUAUAAAUCACGCAUGACGAGAGAAGUGCGAGGCUUCAAACAAAGUCCAAUCAGCCAGUUGGGGAAAUUUCUAGAUUAUUCUGGUAACAUCGGUCGCAACGAUUAUGGAAAUAACAGCAAUGACAACAAUAAUAGUUGCUGCAGUUCAGGUAGAUGUACUCAAACUAUUCAACCAACUUGUAGAUUACAUCACGUGACUGAACAACCCUGCUGUUUGGGUUCUGACGUGGUAGCCAUGAAUCAUCAAUGCAAUAACUCAUUUUCGACCAAUCACAAUCAAGCUCACCACUCUCAUAUAUGUGGCCAGCCUAGCCAAUCAGGUCGAGGCAACGUUUGGUUGGUCAAUCCCGACAGCCAAUCACAUCAGACUAUUUUGAGCGAUGGAACGAGAGUGAACACAAAUAUGCACAGAUAUUAAACUUAAUUUCAGUACUAAACUGUUUUUUCAAGUUUUAAUUCAUUUUGUUUCGGAAAAUAUGUAAACAUUUUGCGGUUCGUUUAAA